AUGGGUUCUGCUCGCUUAAGUUCUCGCGUGUCUUCUCCCGCAUCUUCAGCCUCGUCGGCCGCAUUAGGUGCGCAAGCAAGAGGGGAUGCUGCAGCAGCUAUAACGAAAGCAGAAUUGCAAAAGAAACGAAAUGAAAUUGAGUCUCAAAUAGCCUUACAAAUACAAGACAGGAUCCGGAAUUAUCAUUGUCGCGCCAAAAAAUAAACGAAAAAGCCCGGUUAGAACAAUUGCGUCUAGAAGAAGAAGCGGCAGUUGCCGUCGCGAAAGUCACUGCCUUAGAGAAUGAACUAGGAAUAUCUGACCCUCAAGAAUUAGAUCUGCCUGAAGAAAACGUUGACCAAAAAGUAAAUAAUUACCUUGGAAACCAGUGCGAAUUUACACCAGAUAAUAUCGAUAUUGCCCAACUUUCCCAACAACAACAUCCCGCUACCCAACCUUUCCAACAACAACAUCCCCAUACCCAACCUUUCGAACAAGAACAUCCCUCUGCCCAACCUUUCCAACAACAACAUCCCGCUGCCCAACCUUUCCAACAACAUACCGCUGCCCAACCUUUCCAACAACAACAUACCGCUGCCCAAUCUUCCCAACCCUUAGAUCCUACGACAAGUGCGUUCCACCCUACCACUUGGACCAGUCCCCCCUCGGAGCCAAGUCAAGAUACUAUGAAGUCCUACAUCGAUUUUAUGGCGCGCCGGGAGUUAAUAGCGAACAAAAUAGAAAAGUUUGAUGACCAACCAGGGAACUAUCACGUCUGGAAGGAAUCUUUCCAGAAUAUGAUUAGACAUGACAACAUUACACCAAGCGAGUAACUUUCGUUAAUAACCGAGCACACCACCAAGAACUCUAAAAAACGUGUUCAGCAGUUGCGGAGUGCAUAUAUUAAAAAUCCAGCAAAGGGUGUAAUAGAAGUAUGGAAGAAACUUGACGAAAGUUUCGGAACCAGUAUUGUUAUAACUAAAGCAUAUCUUGAUAAGUUCACGGAUUUUCCGAAUAUUGGCUAUAAAGACGCAAGAAAGUUACAAGAGCUAGGUGAUCUCUUGCUAGAGUUACAAUGUGCCAAAAGUGACGGUAGUUUACCAGGUCUUAGAAUCCUCGACGAAGCCAUGUGCAUUAAACCCAUAAUAGCCAUGUUACCUGGGGAAGUACAAGGGCGAUGACAACGCCAUGCCUUUCAUUAUAAGACCGACCACGGAGUAGAGUACCCUCCCAUUGAAGAAUUUUCGAAAUUCGUGCAAAACCUUGCGCUUGAGAGAAAUGACCCAAAUUUGAACUUUUGAUGUUCUCGAAAGGGAAAAUCAUAAGUCUAGGAAUUCAGGUUCGAGGCAAAGACAAACAUACAGAACCGAAAUCGCCGACGAAGAAGAAAGUCGCAGAAAGAAUCUAACCCGCGAUCCCAUCAGAUGGUGUGAAAAACCGCACCCCUUAGCCAAGUGCAGAGCUUUCCGAGGCAAAUCACUGGAAGACAGAAAAUACCUGCUGAGGAAGAACCGAAUAUGCUUUCGUUGUGUGGCCUCAACAACCCAUGUAGCAAAGGAUUGUCGCAGUACCGUAAAGUGCUUGGAGUGUCAAAGUGACAAAUAUCUAACAAUCAUGCAUGCAGGAAAGCCACCGGAGCCAAAGGAAUCCGAAGUAAAAGAUCCGAACGUUGACAACCGACAAAGUCGAGACCCAUCAAUUCACGGCGGGGAGAACGAAGCCACAGCGAAGUGUACUGAGCUCUGUGGCAACGAACACCGUUGGCGAUCCUGCUCAAAAAUAUGCCUGGCCAACAUUUAUGCCAAGACUCAUCCAGAGAAGAAGAACAAAGUUUUCUUCGUUUUCGACGUACAAAGCAAUUGUACCCUCGCCAAACCAAAACUAUUUGACUUGUUAAGCAUAGAUGGCGAAGCCACUUCGUACACUCUAAAAACAUGCGCGGGUAAGUCCAAACUAGAAGGACGGUGCGCCAAGAACCUAGUGAUCGAAUCGUUGGAGGGGCGAAAAACCCACAAGCUUCCACCAGUAAUAGAGUGUGACGCCAUUCCAGAUAGUACAGAAGAGAUUCCUACGCCUGCUGUUGGCAGGGCACGCCCUCAUAUCAGAGAAACUGCUGACAAGAUUCCAUAAAUUGAUCCUGAAGCGGACAUUUUGCUGUUGGUAGGGAGAAAUGUGCCUCAGCUUCACAAGGUCUACGAGUCGAGAAACGGGAAAGGUGCCUCCCCAUGGGCACAGCGCGAUCCUGGGCAAAAUAUGUCUGGACGGCGCUCACCAACCUGCUGAUGUCUAAUCGUAUAAAACACAUACAUUACCAAAUGGACGGCCUUCGAUUUUAGAACCUUGCCCUAACGCCUUGAUUGUGAAACAACCUCCCGAGUACGACUCCAACUUCAAAGCAAAAGAGACGUUUAGUAAUGGAUACUUUGAUGACAGACUCGCAAAGAACGUUUUCGUACGCACUGAAAACGACGAUAAGCCAGGAAUGUCCGUGGAGGACAGGGAGUUUGUCGAAAUAAUCGAAAGCAAUUUGGAAAAGAACGACGCUGGAAAUUGGAACGCACCGCUGCCGUUCCGUCGCGAAGUGAUAACCUUGCCCGAAAGCCGCGGAGAGGCGUAUAAGAGACUUAAAUCUACAAGGAAAACGCUGGACCGAAAUCCGAUAAUGAAACAACACUACAUUGCAUUCAUGAAGAACCUGUUUGACAAAGGACACGCCGAACCAGUGCCGCCACAAAACCCAACGUUGUUGAAACCGUGUUGGAACCUGCCACACUUUGGGAUAUACCAUCCGCAGAAACCUGAUAAGAUCCGUGUGGUGUUCGAUUCCGCUGCCGAGAAUGGUGGUAUAUCCCUGAAUAAGUUGCUUUUAUCCGGUCCUGACCUUGCGAACAGUCUCCUCGGAGUUUUGUUGCGCUUCCGAAAGUAUUCUACUGCUUCAUGGCGGACAUAGAACAGAUGUUUCACUCCUUUGUUGUCCCUGAGGACCACAGGGGCUUCUUAUGGUUUCUCUGGUACGGCAAUAAUGAUCCAGAUGGGACGAUAGUUGAGUACAGAAUGAAGGUACAUAUAUUUGGAAAUACCUCUUCGCCAGCAAUUGCCACCUUUAGUCUACGUAAGACAGCAGAGGUCGAAGAGCCGAAGUUUGGUUCUGAUGCGAGGGAAUUCGUCGACAACGAUUUUUAUGUGGACGAUGGUUUGAAAUCCACGCUAAAUAGCCGACAAGCUAUCGACCUAUUGCAACGCACUCAAGCAUUGGAAAUCUACGUUUGCCCAAGAUAUCGUCCAAUGAUCCGAAAUGAACGGACGCGUUUUCUCCGGACGACAGAGCUGCAGACCUUCGUGAUAAAGAAACCGAGUUAUCAAACGCUUUUGUCAGUGAAGGAAAUGGCGACAGGGAGGGAGACGGCGUAAAUACAGCCUCGACCGAAAACAGUCAUAUCGAAAUAAAUUCACAUGAGACAUCGAACUACAACAAUGUACUCGACAGUAUACGAGACCUUGAACUGUGUUUUGUAAACAAAUUCGAUGAGCUUUUGCAGGAAAUUCGACAGUUCAAAACAACAGAAGAAACUAUCAGUGAAGACCGAAAUUCCUUAAUUAAAGAAAAUGGCAAACUGAAGCAAGAAAUCGACAUACUAUCGGACCAAGUCAAUAACUAUAAGUGUAUUGCAUCGGACUUAAACACGAAAGUUAAACAACUAGAAGAUGAACAGAAAAGUUUAAUAACAGCAAUCAAAAUUGUACAAAAUGAUUGCAAUACAAAUAAACAAAGUACAUGGUCAUGGAAUGUUGUUAAAAAUCGUAAGCCAAAUCAGAAUGAAAGCACACAACGUGGACAAAACUCUGGGGAAAAUAGUCACAAUGGACUAGCCAAGACAGAUAAUCAAUAUUCUGUUUUAGUUGAUGAAAGUGACGACGAGAUUAACAUAUUAUCUCAAAGUCGAUUACCUAAGAAUAGAAAUCAAUCUGAACCACCCAGGCACACCAUCAGGUCCAAUGAAGACAAAAGACGUAACUAUUCUGCGCCUAGAAAACAACAAGCAGACAACGACCGAAAUAACAACAACAACGAGCGAGCCCAAGAUUCUCGCACUCCGCGCGUAGGACAAUCAAGAGUUGCUAUUUUGGGCGAUUCUAUGCUUAAACAAAUAAACGCGAGACGAAUUCAACAAGGAAUGAAGCAUAAAAUUGAUGUAAAAACAUUUCCUGGUGCGGGAAUCAAAGAAAUGAAUCACUAUGUAAAACCAACGCUACUCACGGCACCAAAUAAGCUUAUUUUACACGUCGGAACCAAUGAUCUACAAAGAAUGACGCCAGAUGAAUUGUUGACACAUGUACAAAAACUUGGAGAGAGCAUUACUCGAGAAAACGGGAAUAUUGAAUUAGUUUUAUCAGAAAUCAUAACAAGAAAUGACGAUAAAACAUUGGCUGAUAAGGUAAACGAAUAUAACAAGGGAUUAGCCCAACUAUGUACAGAACGAAAUUGGUGUCUUAUCAGACACAAUAAUAUUGACGUAAACCAUUUAAAUAACUACGGACUGCACUUAAAUAAGCAGGGUACAUCAGUCUUAGCAAAAAACAUAAAGCAAUUUCUUAAUAGGAAUUGA